ACAAGUCAGCAGGGUAGGAUCAGAAAAAACACUGAUAGGAGUCCCCAGAACCAAAGCCAGGGGGCCAAGAAACACCCAGAAGAGCAUAGCUCCUGAUGCAGCCCAAGACCACCCUACAACAACCAUCCUGCUCUCUUGCUAGGCUCUUAGCCUAGUCCUUUUAAAUUGUGAAGCCAGCUGGGACCAGAAAUUCCCAGGUGGACACAGCCCAGCAGUUUAUCACCUUCCAUUGCCCUCACCUGAACUCAGCAGAGUCUGCUGGUGCUCUUUGAAGAAAAACAAAGGGCAAGAGUUGAACUAAUGUCAAGAGAUGGGUCUGUAUUCAUACUGUAGAGCCCCAGGAGGGUCUUCAAAGCUUCUUUCCUACCCUGAGUUCCUCCCACAGCUGGAACACAUAGGAAAUCUGGUUGCUUCUCCCCAUGCACCCUAUUGCUGCUCUAAUUGCUCAAUACAUGGCAUGAGUGCAAGAAACAGUGACAAUGCUCUUUUAUUCUUUUUAAGAUUAUACAUGUUCAAAUGCCAGACACAGGAUGCUGACACAAAAGCACAGAAAGAGCCCUCCACAUAAAAUCUGUGAGAAAUCAUGGAGCUCAGAAGGCCUUGCACACCUAAACAGUGACGAUUCCCCAUAAACACUCUUGGUUGUGGACUUACAGCCCCUGUUUGCAGUGUGUUUGUGUGGGGAUGGUUGCAGGACUGGUUCAGACCUGGCUGCUAAGUGGCAGGAUGCUCUCUGGGAUCCCUACCCCCAAAAAGCGGCAGGUGGGCCCCUGAGAUGGGCUUGAAACACAGGCAAGGGGAGCUUCUGUGAUCCCAGAGAAAACUGCCUGCCAGCAGCCAUUGCCUGCCUGUAAGUGCAAGGUGUCAUGGAGAGUCUCCUCCCCAGCCACACAUCAGGCAGCCACACCAAGCGAAUGCCUCAUGGGCCAUCUUUCCAUGCAUGUUUCUGCAUUCAUGCCAUGAAACUGUGAAUGUCUUUACAGUUCUGCCUUUUAGCAGAUCCUCCAGCUCCUGGAUGUCUGCACAGCACCGUACAGCAUCAGUACCCUGGCCCCAGCCAGCCCUCACCACAGGCAUGGUGGGUGGGCAGCAGCUGAGUCUGAGGGAGGCAUUUCCUUUGCCCUUCCACCUUAGCCCACAGCCCAUCUUUGCUGCACACCUGUGCAAGAUGCCAUGAUCCCAGCUGGUCAAGAAGGUCACUGUGCCUACCUCUGCUAAUUUCAUGCACCAGCCAGGAUGGCUGCUCCACAAAGUGUAAGACCUUGUCAGCAGCUAUGCGCAACAGGCAAUGGAUCUUGGCAGCUUGCCUGCGUAGCUGAGGCUUGAGCAGCCCUCAUGAACCAGCUGUGCUCCCCACAGUGCCUGCCAGGGCACCAGGCAGCAACAGAGUAGAGACACCAGGGAAAACAUUUGGACUUUGGCAAGGAGGGAGGCUUCAUCUCUUUAAAAGCCUGUAAGAACUGUGCAUGCCCCAAUCACAUCAUCACUGUAUGACAGCCAAAUGCUUCUUUUGGCUGCAUUACCUGCUGAUAACUGGGUAAAAAUCAGUAAAGUACUUUGGAGCUAUAGGGAGGUACUUUUAUUAUACAUUAACCCAUCAAUACUUCACUUCUGAUAAUAAAAAAGAAUGUCUACAUGGACUUGAAGAAUAAUUCUACAUGAAAGAACCCCAGAAGUGCUGUAGAUCUGCCAAGGAGUACCUGUGCUGAGAACAGUUUCAGGUAACUGCCCUUUCCUAGUUCCUACACAAACACCAAAUAGCUGUGUUUGAUCAUGUAGGGAUGGAAGGCUCUUCAGAUGAGCCUGAACUUCAGGGAAAUUAAAUGCUUUGUUUGAAAGAAGUUGUUAUGGAAAAUGGAAAGUGGAAAGCAGCCUAGCUGAAAUGAAACAAGCAAGUCUCUCUUCCUCAGAAAUCUUUUCCUCACCCAUUUGAUCAUUCUCAUGCAUUCCAGUGACCCAGUUGUAAUCACCAGUUUAGACAGCAGCCAAGACCACCACAGACAGAAGGACAUGCAGAGGAUGAAGGUAGGUGAAGAAAACCUCUCUGUGGACCACUAGUCUAAUCAAUGAGUGCCAUGGGCAACAGGGAACUUUGGAGACAAGGUGGUAAGGUCAUGAACACUGCUAGCUGGCAGCUACCUCAUGUCAAAGUGUAAACUCUCAUAAACUUUACAUUCAUUAGACGAAAGUCCAUGAACCUACAUGAACUUCCAUAAACUGCCCUGGCAGCAUCUGAGCUGAUGCAGAAAUUCUGCCCAGCAGACCAGCUACUAGCCAAAAGUUGUUGACAGUUUGGUUUUUCCACCAAAGCAUUGAAUAUGGCUCUCAAAGAAGUAAAAUAAGAUUUAAAAUGAACAACUAGAAAAUUGUUGCACCAAUCCAAGAGAACAAGGAUGACUUAGAACUCCCUUCUGUAGCAAAGGUACAAAAACUUUUGCAAGGGAUAGAGAUCUUCACUCGCUCCUCUGAGUGGAAGGGAAACUCACCUUAACACACUGCUUUGCAGUAAACACAGUAUGCCCCAACGAAGCCCUCAGCCAGGCCUCUUGCUAAUUCCCACCAAGUCCCACAUCCCCUAUCCUUGCAAAACCUUCUAAUCAGUUUUGCCUGCAAAUAUGUCACAGUUCAGGAGAGACAGAGGGUUAAGGUCAGACUGAACAAGAUGAGCACAGCAGCAAGGGUUUUCUACCAGCCCCUGCCAUUGCUCUUGGGACCCCGCUGGUACGCAGGCCCUGGGCAGUCUUGGGCAGGAAGCCUCCAGCUCUUUUUUAAGCCCUUGCAACACAGCCGACACGCUCUGCUGCCUCCCAGAGCACCUAGGGAACUUCCAGAGCACUAGUUCCUCAUAGUGGAGUCAGACAUCAAGAAAACAAGAACCUGUGCAUGCCAGCUUCCAGCUGCAGGUUGGGUGAGCUGCUUUGGUAAGUGCAAGGACAAGUUGCCAGGUUGCAAUGGCCUAUACCAGCCUCGGACAAGUACAUCUCUGUCCUAGCUUGGGAAGCCAUUUCCCAGAGACUCUUUCAAGUUCUGGGUUUCUCUCUUCUCUGUACUUUUCUCUUUUUUCCUCUAGGAGCCCUUGAGGAGUUCAGAGUCUCAAGGUUUUGUCCCCUUUUCUUACAUCUUCGUUUAGUCUCACCCAGCAAGUCCCUUCUUGUCUGUUGUCAUGUCUGGAGACCUUUCUAGCCUUGCUGGAUAGAUAUUUUAUACUCUCCUCUCUUGUAAGGCCAGACACCCCUAGGGAGAGAGACUGGGGCUAUUGCUGUGCAAUAGCUCUGAGGAAAACACAAUGGCUUGUCCUUUAGCAAAUGACAUGCAGUAUGAAGUUUACUAAUAACAUCAGGAAGAUUUCAGGAACAAUGAAGGAUGGCUCACAGCACUGAGGGCUUGCAUAAUCAAUACAGAAGAGCAGAAAACCCAAAUGUCACUGAAGUACUUGGAAGAUGUUCUUGUGACAGUGAAUAUCUGUGAGUGCCUCAGAAGGACACUGUCCCCCUACCACGAUUUCUUUAACAAUUAAGUCUAGAUAAAAGAAAAAGAAAACAAGUUUUUUGAGCACAUUACAGAUUUCCUAAUCUCUGUUGGCUUCUGCAGUUGUUUGAGAUAAGGUGUGACUUCAAUGAACAAUUAAUACCAAUAAAAGUCUUAGUUUCAUAACACAGGGCAAUCUAACAAAUGAUUAACUAGUAAACAUUGACUGACUCAGCCAUGUGACUCAAAACCUGCUCUUGAACUAACACAGACCUUUGGGAUAUAAACUCAGAUUCUGACAGCCAGAGUCACUCCCUCCUGAGCCACAGACCUCAGUGAAGAGUAUGGACCCGUGUUCACAGUGCACCUGGGCUCUGACCCAGUGGUGGUGCUGCAUGGAUACGAUGUGGUGAAAGAAGCCUUGGUCGAUCGCGCAGAUGAGUUUGCUUCCAGGGGACACAUGCCAAUUGGAGACAGGGCUAACAAUGGAUUAGGGAUUGUUUUUAGCAACAAUGAGCUAUGGUUACAAGUCCGGCGGUUUUCUCUCACCACUCUGCGGAACUUUGGAAUGGGGAAGAGGAGCAUUGAAGAGAGGAUACAGGAGGAAUCUGACUACUUGCUGGAAGAGAUCAACAAAACAAAGGGAAGAGCUUUUGACCCAACCUUCAUGCUGAGCUGUUCUGUCUCCAAUGUCAUAUGCUCCAUUGUCUUUGGGAAACGAUAUGAUUAUAAAGACAAGAAGUUCCUGGCUCUGAUGGACAACAUGAACAACAUCUUUGAGAUGAUCAACUCCCGCUGGGGACAGCUCUACCAGAUGUUCUCAAAUAUCAUGGAUUACCUGCCUGGCCCACACAACAAUAUAUUUGGAGAAUUUGAUGCUCUAAAAGCCUUUGUAGCAGAGGAGGUGAAGUUGCACCAAGCCUCCCUAGAUCCCAACUCCCCUCAGGACUUCAUCGACUGUUUCCUCAGCAAAAUUCAGGAGGAGAAAGAUCGUCCCAAUUCCAGUUUCCACAUGAAGAACCUGAUAACAAGUGCUUUCGACUUGUUCCUUGCUGGAACUGAGACAACAAGCACCACUGUACGAUAUGGGCUCCUGCUUCUUCUCAAAUAUCCAAAGAUUCAAGAGAAAAUUCAAGAAGAGAUUGACCAGGUAGUAGGACGAUCAAGAAAACCCUGUGUGGCUGACCGGACCCAGAUGCCCUACACAGACGCCGUGGUCCAUGAAAUCCAGCGCUUCAUCUCUCUUGUCCCCCUGGCUCUCCCUCACACUGUGACCAAAGACACCAGCUUCAGAGACUACGUCAUUCCUAAGGGCACCACAAUUUUCCCUGUCCUCACUUCUGUCCUCCAUGACAGUAAAGAGUUUCCAAACCCACAUGAGUUCAAUCCUGAACAUUUCUUGAAUAAGAAUGGCAGCUUUAAGAAGAGUGAAUUCUUCAUGCCCUUCUCAGCAGGAAAACGAAUAUGCCCAGGAGAGGGCCUGGCACGAAUGGAGAUAUUCUUACUCAUAGCCACCAUCUUGCAGAACUUUACCUUGAAGUCUGUUGUCAACCCCCAGGAGCUCAACAUUACCCCAACUCUGAGUGGGACAGGCAAUGUACCUCCUGCCUACCAGCUCUGUGCUGUCCCCCGCUGAAAAGCACUGAACCACUCUCCAGUGUCCUGAAACUGGCUAUUCUUUUACAUGUUCUUUACUAAAAUCAACAGCAAGAGCACUGGCCCACUUUUACCAGGCCUUCAGGAAGGCAGUCCAAACACAAGGCACAAAGCAGAGACCUCUGAAGCCUCCCAGAACUCCACCACAUCGCAGGAGGCUCUGGCUGACACUGCAGCCUCUUGCACGGAUGCUCUGUCACAGGAUCAUUGAGUGCAGUGGCUGCAUCAAACAGCCACUGUUGGUUUUCUCUCCAGCACAGCUCCCCUGGCUCUCCCACAGCAUGUAUCCCUCCAAGACCUGGUUUUGCAGAUGGAUAGUGCUGCAUGUGUGUACAUUCAUGAUCCAAUAAACAAAAAUCUGUUUAUGACAA